AUGAGUAUUCCCACGGUCGGUCCUAGGCGACGCAAGCACAUUGCCGGGCUCCUCGUUUUGAGCGUCUCAAUUCUGCUUUUACUCAGGAAUCUAUGCUGGACACCUCCCGCUUCGUUCUCGACCGAAGUCCCUGGCCAAAGUCAGGAAGAUUGCCCUCUCACUGUCAUCCUUGCAGCGGUCCAACGGGACAAUCUAACGGUGCUUGCACAACAAUCUGGGAUCCGGCUUGGUGAUGACCUGGUCAUCUACGUUGCCGAUGACCCGAAUGCGCCCAUUCCCAUGAAUAAGGGUGACGAAGCAAUGGUAUAUCUAUCUUACCUGAUCGAUAACUAUGACGCUCUCCCGGAAUUAAUGGUGUUUAUGCACGCUGGAAGAACCUCAUGGCAUAAUAAUGCCAUAUUGCAUUUCAAGUCUGAGCCGAUGGUUCGGCGCCUCCGCAGGUCUUUUGUCCGUGAUCAAGGAUUUGUCAACCUGCUGUGUGACGAGAGCUUCCGCUGUGCCAAUCUAUUCAAGGCAACUGAUCAAGGCUACCCAUCGUAUAUACUGACUCGUGAGAGGCACGGCAAAGGAAGCUUAGAGAGCCAAUAUGAUAAGUUCCAGGAGAUAUGGGAUGCUAUAUUCCCAAGCCAGCCUAUCCCAUUGUCUCUGGGAUGCCCUGACGGGGCGCAGUUUGCUCUAACGCGCCAGACUGCACGGGGGCUUAAGGCACUGCGGCAGUGGAUUAUUGAUACUCAGCUUAAGUCUUUCCAGGCUGGUGGCGUGUUUGAGCGCACAUGGCAUAUGAUAUUUCAAGGGACCUCAAACUCCGUUGCCUGUUAUAUUCCGCAUGAGUGCUUCUGCUCCCUAUAUGGCAUUUGCUUUGGAACCAUAAGCUCGAGCCCAGACACCUUGCUGAACGAGGCCACCAGCUCUGGAAACGAGAUUUACGAAAUGUCU